UCUCAAUCAUUUUGACUGCGGCGUUCAAAGUUCCAAGAUGGCUUGGUUUGCAAUGUGCAUUGGACAAGGUUGAAUUGAUGCUUACACAAUCACGUCGGAUCAGAUGGGCCUCCAGGACGGCGAGAUAUCACGCGCAGCGGCGUACAGUACCGGUAUGCCCCGACAAUAAUUCAGCUCCUGGCCUACAAGUUGACGCGUUAACGGGCUCAACGAGCGUGUCGUCUUCAAGAAUCCCCUCGUAGGCCCGUCGACGGUCGUACUGUGCGAUACUUUGUCGCUUGUGCGCGCUAGGCCGGUUACAGAUAACCCCGACACGCAGUGAUCAUCGCAUACGCCUGUGCUCAUGAUUUUCCGGCUGCCUUCACCUGCCCGUAUCCCGAAGACUCCGUUGGUGAACCGUUCUGUCUCGAGGAUGGUUCAACGUAGCCUGUCUUCGACGUCUCGCAAGUCUCAAAAGGACGAUGUACCACCAGGCUACUCUGUGGACGAGAGCGCUGGCCCAAUGCUCCGUUUCCAGCAGUCAUUGCCCCGCUUACCCGUCCCUCCUCUUUCAUCAACGCUCCACAAGUAUCUCGAGACAGUACAGCCGCACCUGACGCCCGAAGAAUUUGCCCACACUCAAGCAGCCGUUAGGUCAUUUGCGGAGUCGCCUAUUGGUGCAGAAUUGCAGAAGCGUUUGGAAGCUCGACGUGUCGAACCCGGCAUGAAGAAUUGGCUUGCAGACUGGUGGAACGAUUUUGCCUACAUGGCAUAUAGAGAUCCAGUCGUUGUGAACGUCAGUUAUUUCUACGUACACCAGGAAAUCGGAAAGAUGGGAUCCGCAGCAGAACGUGCAGCCCGACUCAUCAAGGCGAUGCUGCCUUUUAGAGAGCUCGUCGAGACCCGACGGCUUGAACCAGAGCGUGUACGUGGAAUACCACUGUGUAUGGACUCAUAUAGAUGGCUCUUCAACGCUUGCCGCUACCCAUCAAAACCGUCUGAUACAGCAUACAAAUACCCACCAGGUCAUAACAAUUAUAUAGUUUUUAUUCGAAGGGGUCGCUUCUUUGAAGUUGCACUGGAGCAGGACGGUCGAGAGUUGACCGUUGCGGAGUUGGAACAGCAAAUAAAGAGCAUCAUUGCUUCUUGCAUGUCCUACAAGCCUGACAACUAUCCCGUCGGCGUACUUACAUCCGAAAACCGUGACACGUGGGCCGAAGCCCGGGAACAUCUUGCCUUAACACCAGAGAACGCGAUUGCAUUCGAACGCAUCGAAAAAGCCGUGGUUAUUUUCUGCCUAGAUGAAUCGAAGCCCGUCACACGUGAAGAACUUAGCUGGGCAUGUUGGACAGGUGAUGGAAGGAAUCGUUGGUACGACAAGCAUCAGUUCAUUGUCUUCGACAACGGCCGUUCCGGGUUCCUUGGCGAGCACUCAUGCAUGGAUGGAACCCCAACUUUGCGACUGAACGAAUACAUGCUCGCGUCCCUUGCGGCCGGUAAAGUGGAUCGUAACAAGUCUGGGGUCCGAGAGAACUUGACGCAACCAAAGGAAAUCAACUUUGAACAAGACCAGAAGUCGAUAAGAUACAUUAAAAGUGGAGAAAAGCAAUUUGACGAAUUGGUUGGGCGACAUGAGCUUCUUGUUUUGCAUUAUGAAGGUUACGGGAAAAACUUCAUAAAAACGCAACGCGCAUCGCCCGAUGCCUGGGCACAGAUGGUCAAACAAUUGGCAUUCCAUAAGCUUGAAGGUCGUCCAGGUGUAUGCUAUGAGUCCUCGCAGACACGCAAAUUCCAGCUAGGUCGUACAGAGGUAAUUCGGUCUGCCAGCAAUGAAAGUAAAGCGUGGGUAGAGGCAAUGCUAGAUCCCAACAGGACGGAUGCCUACCGCUCUCAGCUCUUUAAGCGUGCGAUCGCUCGGCAUCUGCAAUAUUCAACAUGGGCCGCGGAUGGACAAGGAGUUGACCGCCACCUCUUCGGACUGAAGAAGAUGCUCCGCGAGGACGAACCAUUACCGGAGAUCUUCUCUGAUCCCGCGUACUCGCUCACAAGUCAUUGGGAAUUAUCAACUAGCCAGUUGAGCAGUCCUUUCCUUGAUGGUUGGGGUUAUGGAGAGGUUGUACCAAAUGGAUACGGCUUGUCGUAUUCCAUUGGAGACGACUACAUUCGUUGGACAAUUACGAGUCAGUCGGAUUUGAAGCGACAUGCGGCUGCGCUUCGUCACUACCUCGCUGAGGCUGCCACGGAGACGCGGAAGAUGAUGGAACGUGCCGGCCUAGAAGAAAAAGCAAAUGUGCCUGGUGGGGACGGGAUGCCUAAGCUAUAAGUCCCGACUGUCAGAUCGAUUAGAUCUGUCCCUUCCAUGUGCGAGUGAGCUUCUUCCGUACUUUGAGCUACUUCUUUACUAGACUUGUAGAGUCCAUCAAUCUUGAUCUAUUUCAGCUUUCGACAAAUGUGCUUUGCACGUUCGCCGCGGUCCCAGAUACGGUGGCGGCACGCGGUUUAAAAUAUGUACGCAAAGAAAGACUCGUGAUCCGCGCUUCCCUGGAUGUUUCCGGUUAAUACUCAAAAUCUGCAUGCAAACAAUCUGCCAUACUAUCUCCUCCCGACUAAAUUCUAUAGGUAAACGGCCGACUUCGUGAGUGGCAGUUGGUUAGGUGGCCGCUCAGUCCUCUUGUUCAGUACAAUUCAUUUACGAAUCAACGGGCGGUGUUAUAACACCAGCAGGAUUAUCAAGACGGACAACGGACAAUGCAUCAGGGGCUAGUUCGAUAUUUCGAAAAGGAGGACAUGGGAGACUAAUCCACAGCAUUGAACGAUGGCUCGGUUUCUCUGUGUGAAUGGUCGUUUGUCGGAAUUGGUGUCACACAAAUUCGCAUAUCCAGCAAAUGCGAUUACGUCCGAUUUCAAACUGCCAAAUCUAGGGAUGACAAACCGGAUAAAGUAAGUCGAUUAUGCUGCUCCCGUUUGAGGCCCUUGUCUUCAGCGGAAGAACUCCUUGAACGAGGAUGCAGAUGCUGCAGAGCGUGGCGGCCACCAGCCUGAAGCAGCUCAGAACUUCUGACAAAGCAUAUUUUCGAAGCGCGAGACCCCGGACGGCAAACGGAAGUACAACAGAACGUGUUGCCGGAUCACCAAAGAGGCAUGGAUCUACACUGCAUUCUCGCUGUCUGACAACCAUCCACGCCCAGACAUUCUCUGUGGAUACGCCGGCGGAAUGCUCCACCGUCUUUCUGGGAAUAAGCGCCGCCUUCAGACACGCAAACCCGAGCGAAAAUGGACCAAAAUUGUUUUUGCAGCAGUCCAGCAUGAAACUCGUCGUUAUAAAUAUUAAUAUUGGAAGAAGUACAUGAGCACACGCACUGCAUUGCACGUUUUGGCAACGCCGAAAUACAAGCUUGUGUCGCAUCUCGACAAAACGAUCGAAACGCGGGGAUGUUCAAACCAGAAUUAAUAGAAGCCGACAUAGUUCAUGUGCUUCUACUGCGCUAGGGGUUCCGUCUUCUGUUCUGGGGCCUUCCGUCCGUGUGCACGAAUCGUAUGCAAAGCUGACUUACGAAAGAAUCUGUAUAAUGGAAUCUCUCACCGCUCUGCAUCCUUCCUCGGCCUUCCUAAAUGAAGGCUCUUUUAUAAAUAUGUCCUGGAUGUCCGAACUAUGGCCUGCCCACCCACUCUGUGAUCAGGGGAUUUAGUACAUCUUCUUUCGAUGGCGAGCUCCAGUAUCAGUAUGUCUUCAGCGUCACAUAGUCAAUCCUCAAAGCCAAAUCGCAAGAGGAUCCCAAAAACUUGCGGAGAAUGCAGAAGAUUGAAGUUGAAGUGCGAUCGAGUAUUCCCCUGCCAAUCUUGUUUGAAAAGAGGAUGCGAAGGCAUUUGCCCGGAAGGGUCAUUAGUUUCCGGGAGGGGCAGUCGCUACAUUUUAGCAAACACCGAGCAACUUCAUGAGAAGAUUAUUCGCAUGUCAGAUCGCAUCAAAGAGCUGGAAGAAGCUCUGAAGCAGAAGUCGGAAGAACACGCUCGAUGCUCGAACGUCGGCUCGCCCUCGUCCGAUCUACCCCAUCCACUGCUUAGAGAGGACCUGCUCCUCAUCAAGAAGCAGCUUGAGCUUUAUGGUCCCGAGAGAUCGCAGCUUAACCCACGAUCCGAAGCGUCGUACACGAGUGACAUGGCUGAGACUGAGUCGCCCAAGCUAGGGGACGACGAACAAUCUAUACCCUCUCCCUUGGAGGCACUCAUUCUGAGCUCUGCGGCUCAGCUUAUGGACUCACAGCAAACACAAUACAACGGCUACAAUACUACGUCACAGGCAACUUCAUCGAUACCCCCCUCUGCGACACAGGGGCCUGGCAAUCCACAUAGUUCAAGUCGCUUUCACGCCGAAGUACAACCGAGCAGUCCUGUUGCGACGACGUAUGGCUCCUAUUCGUCCACAGACGAUACUAUGGCUGCGCUGGACUACCUGCUUAAGAACUUCUAUGACAGUGGUUCAUCGUUGUCGUCCCAGGGCGGAAUGGAGCCAAGUGCGGCACACCGCUAUGACGCGCACCAAUUUGCAAACGAUCUACUAGCCCAAAACCAGGCUGAAUCGAUGGAUUACACGUGCAGCAUCUGGGACCUGGAGAAAUGCUCAGUGUAGGGACCGCUUUGUGGUGAAUCGUAGUUGUUGUGGCAUGAUAUCUUUUCGCCUUCUUCUUGACAUGCAUCCCUCCCCUCACUUCCGCUUAAAAAUGCAAUUGUUCCUUCAGUGGGAAAAGAAGGGUUUUUAUUGGAUCGAAUUUGCUUAUGAAUGUACAGUAAAUUGGUCCUGUAGGUCUCACUUAUAUGUCGAUAUCAUCUCGUUCUAGUACGUAUCCACUUGCGCAACAUGGAUCAUCAUUGUCGCCAUUAGCAUGUGAAACAGAGGUCCCA